CGAUCACUUCUCUCCGGCGGAAAAAAAAACCCCUCGAAUCGGUCUUGAGCUCAUUUGGUUGAAGGAAGUUAUGUAUUCGAUUUCGAAGAUCUUGCGAAGGAGUGGAAGAUUUAAUCUUGCGCCUUCUUCGUUUAGUGCGGUCAGUAAACUAGAAAUAUCAUCUGGUGACAAAGAAAUAUCAUCUGGAUUGAUUUAUAAUAAGUCCCAAGGUUUAAUCAGAAGCUAUUCCGUAAGAGAUGUGUUUUCGCGUUUCAUUGGCAUCAACAAGCUUUCUUCUAUAGCUGAUGCAAAUGACAAAGGAGAUGAGGAAGACAGGUUAUCUGAACCAGUGGAGACACUUCCUCUUUCUGGGGAUAUACCAGAGGGAGUUGAAGAUGGUUCCUUGUUCGAUUCUGAGCUUGGUAGUGAUGUAGAUGCGGCUGAUGAUGAUCUUGAAAUGGAAGUGGAGCAUUCAAACGAGGGGAAAACAAAAAAUAAAAGAGCCCGCUGUGAGUUGUUUGAAUCCAUUGUUGCUUACAAAUCAGUGAAACAUGUUCUUGAAGCGUGGGUCAAAGAAGGAAAAGAUUUGACUCAAGCAGAGGUUACUCUUGCUAUUCACAAUCUGCGUAAACGCAAAUCCUACGCUAUGGGUUUGCAGCUCUGGGAGUGGCUGAGAGCUAAUACACAGUUUGAGUUCACAGAGGCAAAUUACGCUUCUCAACUGGAUUUGGUGGCCAAGGUGCACAGUUUAAAAAAAGCUGAAGACUUUUUGAAGGAUAUUCCAGAAUCUUUCAGGGGAGAAGUAGUGUACAGAACCCUGCUGGCAAAUUGUGUACUUAAGCUCCAUGUGAAAAAAGCUGAAGAACUUUUUAACAAAAUGAGAGAACUGAAGUUUCCAACAAGCGUGUUUGCUUGCAACCAGCUGCUUCUCCUCUACAGUAAGCAUGACAGGAAGAAGAUAGCUGAUAUUUUGUUACUGAUGGAGAGCGAAAACAUCAAGCCAACUCGCGGCACCUAUCAGUUUUUAAUCAACAGUAAAGGUUUAGCCGGGGACAUAGAUGGAAUGGACAAGAUCGUGGAGACAAUGAAGGAAGAAGGUAUUGAACUAGACCCAGAAAUACAGGCUACCCUGGCUAGGUACUACCUAAGAGCGGGUCUUAAAGACCGAGCAGAAGAAGUUAUGAAGGAAAUAGAAGGGAAAGGCUUGACACAAACUCCAUGGGUGUGCCGUUCAUUACUCCCUCUUUAUGCAGACAUAGGAGAUAAGAACAAUGUGAGAAGAUUGAGUAGGUUUGUUGAUCAAACGUUGAGAUAUGAUAAUUGCAUUGCUGCCAUUAAAGCAUGGGGAAAGCUGAAGGAAAUUGAAGAAGCAGAGGCAGUGUUUGAUAGACUUGUGAAAAGAUACAAACUUGUCCCUAUGCUGCCGUAUUUUGCCCUCAUGGAGAUAUACACGGAGAACAAGAUGCUAGCGAAAGGCAAAGACUUGGUUAAACGAGUGUCGAAUGCAGGGAUUAAGAUCGGCCCGUCGACAUGGCACGCACUUGUGAAGCUCUAUGUUAAAGCUGGAGAAGUUGAAAAAGCCGAGCAGAUAUUGAACAAAGCGACAAAGGAUAACAAGAUGAGGCCUUUGUUCAUAACUUACAUGGUGAUUCUUGAGGAAUACGCGAAGAGAGGCGAUGUUCAUAACACGGAGAAGGUUUUCCUGAGGACGAAACAAGCAGGCUAUGUAGCUCAGCUUAUGCAGUAUGAAACACUUCUCGUGGCUUAUCUCAACGCCAAAACUCCAGCUUAUGGGAUGAAAGAGAGGAUGAAUGUAGACAAUGUGUUCCCGAAUAGGACUCUUGCUGUGAAACUGGCUCAGGUUGAUCCAUUUAGAAAGACUCCAAUGUCUGCUCUACUUGACGAUUGACCAUAAUUGAACUGCAAGUGUUUCUUCUUAUUGCUGCUAAGCUUAGUGAAUAACAAACAGAUGAUUCGUUUUCCUUCAAAUCAAACUAGAUAAUUAUUGUCCACGCUCUAUAUUUAAAAUAGGCUUAACAUUUUUAUAUUUGCAUUUUGCUUCAGUUUAAAUUCAAAACAGCGCUGUAAAAUUUUGAGUUAAAGCUCUCU